CCCCUCCUCGGCCGGCCCGCAGCAGGGCGGCGGCGGCGGCUUCCGGCGGAGCCUUCUUGCCUUCAACAAAGAUGGUGCUCUCCGCGCAAGCUCCGCGGGCGCCGGCGCGCCCUGGGUAGCUUCCCGCUCCCCUCGUGUUGCCAGAUGGAUGCCAGAGACAAGCAACUUUUACGCUCCCUGCGCCUGGAGCUCUGCACGGAGGUGCUGGUGGAUGGACUCAUUAUUCAGUAUCUUUACCAAGAAGGGAUUCUCACAGACAGUCAUGUUCAAGAAAUAAAAGCCCAAACCACUAGCCAGAGGAAAACCAUGAUGCUCCUUGAUAUUCUGCCCACCAGAGGACCCAAAGCUUUUGAUACGUUCUUGGAUUCCUUACAGGAGUUCCCAUGGGUUAAGGACAAGCUGAUCCUGAAGCGUAAGGAAAUGACAAUACAAGAUCCUUCAGACUUAACUGAAGUUGCACCAUGCAUUUUGAAGAUGUCACCAACAGAUCAGCAGUUGAACAAGCUGGCGAGGAGGCUGGGACCUGAAUGGGAACAUAUAGUUCUGUGCUUGGGUUUGUCCCAUACUGACAUCUAUCGAUGUAAAGUCAAUCACCCUCACAACCUGCAGUCACAGAUCGUAGCUGCAUUUGUCCUGUGGAAACAACGUUUGGGGAAACAAGCAACAAUCCAAAGUCUGCAAGCCAGCCUGAAGGCAGAGGAAGUGGAUCCUUCAGUGAUACAGUACAUGCUUGAGUGAAACCAUGCUAUUUAUUCAGAGCUUCCACGUAUUUCAUUAAAUCAAGUAAAGAGGAUGGAAAUGUAUGUUGAAGAUCAGAUGGCUCGAACUGUAAAAACAGUGGGUCUGGGAACUGUCAUUUUAUUAAGCUUAAACAUUCCAGUUUUCUAUGGCAUCUUGUGACUUGUAAUUCUUUUCAUGACAGAUUAAUUUUUAGUAGGCAUUAAAAAGUGGAUCACUCUU